AGCUCAGCUAGCUCUGUGAAUGAGAAUUAAAGCUGUGUGUUUACAGCCUGUAAGAUAAAGAUGGUCGAGUCCCAUUUCCACGUUCAGCUGACAGCUGUGCUGGAUGUGCUCAUGAAAACGGCGGUGUCAGACAUCUGUGCUCUGGCGGAGAGCUGGUUUAAAUCCCUGCACAUGGAAAUAGAGAAAAGUAAAAAGGAGAACGAAGAUUUAAGACAAAAGCUGCAGAGCAUGGAGCAGCAAAAACACCAAGCUGCAGCUCAAACAGCUGAGGUGGAGAUUAAAGCGGCCAAAGAGGAGAAAGAGGACGCUGGGAGUGAAGUGAGAGAGACAGACGAUUAUGGAAACAUGGAGACUGAACUCACAGUUCCCAAAGGAAAUCAGUGGAUACCUCGAAAAUACCAGCGGAAGACAGAGCAUGGGCUGAUCUCCCAUGAAGCCCUCGCUGAAGCUGUUCAGAAGGUCGUGAGGAAGGAGUCUUCCCUGCGCCAAGUGGCCAUAGAAAGUGGUAUUUCUAAAUCUACCCUGGCAAGGAAAGUCAAACAGUAUGAAGAAAAUCAAAUGUGUAACCUUGCUGCAGAUUUUAAAAAAAGUCAAGUGUUCACCCUAGAGGAAGAGAAUCUACUCGAAGAGUAUUUGCUUACAUCAUCAAAAAUGUAUACUCCUCGACAGUGUCGAAGACUCGCCUAUGAAACAGCUGAGACCAACAAUCUAAGAAUGCCUAGAUCAUGGCAUGAGAAUAAAAUGGCAGGUCGUGAUUGGUUCACGUCCUUCUUAAAGAGGCAUCCUAGACUGUCCAUCAGGAAUUCAGAAGCCACAUCAUUCGCGAGGGCUACUGCAUUCAACUGCCACACUGUGGGUGAAUUUUUCAAUGUCGUUGACGAAUCUGAUACACAUCCGAGUACAUCUGAUGGCAGAUCGCACGAACAGCCAUUUAAUGUAACGAGUGACAGUGAUCCAAGUCAUUCACAGUCUAGACCAGCAUCAGAAGCCAGAUCAUGUCAAGCAUUUACGUCUCCUGAGUGCAUCCAUGGAUAUCCAAAGGCCCCAAAACGACUUGAAAGUCCACGAAGCAGAAAGAAAACGGCUUAUGCCACGAGUACACCAGAGAUGAAAAAAAUGAAGCUAGGAGAAAAACAGCAGCAGGAGAAAAGACAAAAAUCUGCAAAAAAGGCCCCAAAGGAACUCUUCCAGAAAGAGAUUUCACAGGAUGAUUUGUCCAGUGAGGAAGAUGAAAUCAAGCUGGAUGACAGUGCUGAUGAGUCAAGUAGCUCUGAUGUAUAUACUCAGAUGAUUGUAUGAGGCAUUUUUUUUUUGGAUUGCAUUUAAAGUUUGCUGUUGUGGCUUACCAAUAUAUUUGCCUUUUUUUUUUUUUUUUUAAAUGUGGGAGUGUACCUGCAUGACAUUUUUCAAACUGAUAUUUUUCUGUAGCUGUACCAGCAUUGUGUAUUCCUACAGUUCAUGCUACAAGUUUUUUGUUAUGGUUUGCAAAUAUAUUUGUAAAAUUUGUUUAAACAUUUUUGUUAAAAUGUGGGCAUGUACCUGCAUGAAGAUUACGCUUAUUUCAUUACUUCUUGAGAAUGGAACUGUUUUGUUUAGUCAGUUUUGGGUAAACCAACAUUUUUCUA